CGUGGGGGUCCUCGGAGGCAGGCCACGUGCGGGAGGAAGUAGCGCUGUCUGUCCGCGCGGCGUUGGUAGGCCCCUCAACGUGGAGCCAUGGGAGGCCUUGAGAAGAGGAAGUAUGAACGAGGCUCUGCCACCAAUUACAUCACCCGAAACAAAGCCCGGAAGAAGCUGCAACUGAGUCUGGCUGACUUUAGGCGGCUGUGUAUCCUGAAGGGCAUUUAUCCCCAUGAGCCCAAACACAAGAAGAAGGUUAACAAGGGCUCCACAGCACCUCGAACUUUUUAUCUUAUCAAAGACAUCAAGUUUCUCCUCCAUGAACCCAUUGUCAACAAGUUCCGGGAGUACAAGGUGUUUGUCCGGAAGCUCCGGAAGGCCUAUGGGAAGAGCGAGUGGAACACAGUGGAGCGUCUGAAGGACAAUAAGCCCAACUACAAACUUGACCAUAUCAUCAAGGAGCGGUACCCCACAUUCAUCGACGCUCUGCGGGACCUCGACGAUGCCCUCUCCAUGUGCUUCCUCUUUUCCACCUUCCCACGGACCGGUAAGUGCCACGUGCUGACCAUUCAGCUGUGCCGCCGGCUCACCGUGGAGUUCCUGCACUACGUCAUUGCUGCCCGAGCCCUGCGCAAGGUCUUCCUGUCCAUCAAAGGCAUUUACUACCAGGCCGAAGUGCUGGGGCAGCCCAUUGUGUGGAUCACUCCCUAUGUGUUCUCCCAUGACCACCCGACAGAUGUGGACUACAGGGUCAUGGCCACCUUCACCGAGUUCUACACCACCCUGCUGGGCUUUGUCAACUUCCGCCUCUAUCAGUCGCUCAACCUCCACUACCCGCCCAAGCUCGAAGGUCAGGCCCAAGCAGAGGCGAAGGCCAGUGAGGACACCUACGCGCUGGACUCCGAGAGCUCUGUAGAGAAACUGGCAGCCCUCAGUGCCAGCCUGGCACGCGUGAUGGUGCCUGCUGCAGAGGAGGAAGCCGAGGUGGAUGAGUUUCCUGCCGAUGGGGAGAUGGCAGCACAGGAGGAGGGCCGCAGGAAGGAGCUGGAGGCACAGGAAAAACACAAGAAGCUUUUUGAGGGCCUGAAGUUCUUUCUGAACCGCGAAGUGCCCCGUGAGGCACUGGCCUUCAUCAUCAGGAGUUUUGGAGGGGAUGUGUCCUGGGACAAGUCUUUGUGCAUUGGAGCCACCUAUGACGUCACAGACUCCUGCAUCACCCACCAGAUUGUCGACCGUCCUGGGCAGCAGACUUCUGUCAUUGGCAGGUACUACGUGCAGCCCCAGUGGGUGUUUGACUCUGUGAACGCCCGGCUCCUCCUCCCUGUGGCAGAGUACUUUCCUGGAGUGCAGCUGCCCCCACACCUUUCGCCUUUCGUGUCAGAGAAGGAAGGAGAUUACAUCCCACCCGAGAAAUUGAAGCUGCUGGCUCUGCAACGGGGAGAGGACCCAGGAAAUUUGAAUGAGUCGGAAGAUGAGGAGGAGGAGGAAGACAAUGAAGAUGAUGGUGAUAAAGGGGAAGAAAAUGAAGAGGAAGAUGAGGAGGCAGAGGCUGGUUCAGAAAGGGAAGAAGAGGCCCGACUGGCAGUGCUGGAGGAGCAGAGGAUGGAGGAGAAGAAGCCCAGGGUGAUGGCGGGCACCGUGAAGCUGGAGGACAAGCAGCGACUGGCCCAGGAGGAGGAGAGUGAGGCCAAGCGCCUGGCCAUCAUGAUGAUGAAGAAGCGGGAGAAGUACCUGUACCAGAAGAUCAUGUUUGGCAAAAGGCGCAAAAUCCGUGAGGCCAACAAGCUGGCAGAGAAGCGGAAAGUCCACGAUGAAGCAGUACGCUCUGAGAAGAAAGCCAAGAAAGCAAGACCAGUGUGAGUGCUCGUGGCUCCUCACAGCUGAACCUGGCUCCCGGCAGCUGGAUGUGGCAAAGACAAGCCAGAGGACCUAAGUUUGGUGGCAGACCGGAGUUGCUUCUGUUUCCACCCCCCUCCUUCUCCCAGCCGCCUCAUGCUCUCUGGGCCCAUGGGCAGCCCUGGCCUUCUUUGGAUGGAGAUCCCUGCUGGUGGCUGGGCAGAGAAGAGGCCUUUGUUUCCAGGCCGAUUCUGUGCUCCUGGGAGCCAGUGACGCGGUAUACAGGGGCCUGUCUAGCCCCUCACCUACCCCCCAUUCAUCCUGGCUUUCCACAGCUCCCUCCCACACAGACCUAUGAUCUCAGGGUGCUGUGAUGGGGUGAGGUUAGGGGGAGCAUUUGUUAUUAAACGGCUGGACUUUUGCAGCCAAUUGGAUUCUG